AUGAAGGCCAACCAGAGCACAGAGGAGCGCUUCCUCCUGCUGGGUUUCUCGGACUGGCCCUCCCUGCAGCCUGUCCUCUUCGCCCUUGUCCUUUUCUGCUACCUCCUGACCCUGACUGGGAAUUCGGCGCUUGCACUGCUGGCUGCGCGCGACCCGCGCCUGCACACGCCCAUGUACUACUUCCUCUGCCACCUGGCCCUGGUGGACGCGGGCUUCACCACGAGCGUGGUGCCACCGCUGCUGGCCAGCCUGCGCGGCCGGGCGCUGUGGCUGCAGCGCGGCGGCUGCCUGGCCCAGCUGUGCGCGUCGCUGGCUCUGGGCUCGGCCGAGUGCGUCCUGCUGGCGGUGAUGGCGCUGGACCGCGCGGCCGCCGUGUGCCGCCCGCUGCGCUACGCCGGGCUCGCCUCGCCGCGCCUCUGCCGCGCGCUGGCCGGCGCCUCCUGGCUGGGCGGCCUCACCAACUCGGCGGCGCAGACGGCCCUCCUGGCCUCGCGGCCGCUGUGCCCGCCCCACCAGGUGGACCACUUCAUCUGCGAGCUGCCCGCGCUACUCAAAUUGGCCUGCGGCGGCGGCCGGGACAUCCCAGAGCGCCAGAUGUUUGCUGCCCGGGUAGUCAUCCUGCUGCUGCCAUCCGCUGUCAUCUUGGCCUCCUAUGCUGCGGUGGCCCGCGCUGUAAGGGGCAUGAGGACCACAGGGAGCCGCAGGAAAGCGGUGGGCACCUGUGGGUCCCACCUGACAGCCGUCUGCCUGUUCUAUGGCUCAGCCAUCUACACCUACCUGCAACCCACGCUCGGCUACAACCAGGGACACGGCAAGUUCGUUUCACUUUUCUACACCGUAGUCACACCCGCCCUCAACCCACUCAUCUACACCCUCAGGAAUAAGGAAGUGAAGGGGGCAGCGAGGAGGCUCCUGGGGAGUCUUGGGAGAGGGCACGCUGGACAGUGAGCGUAUCUGGUAGGGAACGAAGUGUUACCCCAGGGCCCAAGGAUGGGAUGCCCACUGGAAAGUCAGUCAGUUUAGCCUUCAGGCUGUUCAUUUCUGAAUGACAGUCUGCAAGAUUUGCGCUCACAGAAGCCAAGGGGAAUGGGGGAGAUCCUUUCCUCCCGAGGAUCAGGAAAGGUUCAUUGCUGUAGGGAGAACCCCUACAGCCAUGUACAUGCAGGUUUAAUGAGGGGGAAAUGGCUUUCAGGUUUUCUCCUAAGCUGAUGAAGAAAGUUUGAUUUCUGGAAGACCUUCCCCAUCCACAGAGGACACUAUAACCACCUAGGAGGAAUCCAUAUGCUGGAAAGAUGGUUUGGUGUGAUUCCAGUCUGAUGGAAGAGAUCAUGAAAGACCUCAUGGUGCCUGUCACCAAAAGUGUCCCCCAAAAUGGCAAGAGAAUCAUAAACUCUGCCCUGCAGGAGUCCCCAUCCAGAAGAAGAAACCAUGGUCUCUCAUCUCAGGGAAUCAGUCCAACCUAAUGCUCACCUAGCCAGGGGACUGACUAGUGCCCACCACAGAGCACUUGACCCAGAGGUGUAAUGAGGAACACCUACAAGUCUGGUUUGUGCUGAGUGGGGGUAGAGUUGGGAAACUCUUCUGCAGAAAGUGGUUCUUGAGCAAGUUAUAAAGAAGAGAAGAGACUAAAUUAGUGGAGUAGGCAGGCAUAACUUAGGCUGUGAGAAAAACAUGCAUGUGAUCAGUAAGGAGACAUGAGGCAUUGAGAUGGAGGAGUAAACGAAGGUAGAAACAUGGGAGAAGCAGAGAGGGAAAAGCUCCAUUAGCCAGAACUUGGGCAGAGUGCUGGGGUUCAACCCAGAAACCAACACUACUUCCUUCAUCCAACCCAGAGAAGACCUGCUAGACCUUAAGGCAGGCAGGACAGAAACUGGUCCACAAUCCCCCACCUCUCAGAAAGUCCGUUCCCUCCCGAAGCACAUCUGUUCCCAAGAAGCCCCUACUAGAGACAUAAAAUCUCUAGAUCCCCAAGGUAAAUAUCUUGCCAUGCCCACCAUCAUCCCCAGAAAUAUGAAUAGUUUAAUUGGGUGUGAGACAGAGAAUAAGAGGGGGCACGGUGCCAAGUUUCGUUUCAUACCAAACAGCUUUAGAUAAGGAAAGGAGAAGUAGUUCGACUGAAUUUCUAAAUUAUUUAUGAAUAAGGUUAGAAUGAUGUUAAAGUAAUUAAUUCACUUCAAAAUAAACCAUUUCACUGUUCUAUACUAAAUGGAAAGUCAGCUUGGUUCAACGAUUAGUGAGUAAUAUGAUACACGAAGCACACAGACAACAAACACAGAAUUUAGUAAAACAUAGGUCCCAACCUAAAACUUAUUUUAUUGUUGGAUAGGAAAAGAAAUAGGAGUUUUUCUAAGAAUCAGAGGGAACCAAGAAAGGAUUAAAUGUUAUUCCCUGUCCUGAAACUUAUUCAAUCAUGUUAGAAUCAAGGAAUCAAAGAGUCAGAAAUAUGCUACAGUCUUCCUCCCGAGUCCAGACCAAAUCUUCUUUCUACUGAUCUUUCUCAUUAAUUUGGGGACAUUAUCAGUAAUGUGAGCAAUUAUUAGUGAGUAAGAAGUAGUCGAAAAUAAGGCCAUUUUUUUUAUUGCUGUCACCCGCCAAUGCAGUGAGGUGUCAGAAAGAGUAUAUUGCCCUUUCUGAUGCCAUAAUCUCCCAGGAUCUUCCCAUCUUCCAAUCUUUUUCCAUUGCAAGUCACAAUCUGCUUCUUAGGAAUUAUAGCGGUCUUCGCCUUAAUCAUCUCCUUCACCUGGGCCACUGAGCUGGACCUCCGCACCUGGAGGAGGUGCCUCUGCCCCUCAGCACCU